GGGGCAUAUAUUCCUCCUACACUAGUUUUACCAAGGAAAAAGAAAAAUCCAAGGUACAUGGAAGGAACUCCACCAGGCUCUUCUCAGUUAGUAACUGAUUCUGGAUGGAUAAGUUCCGAAGCUUUCCUGGAGUGGAUGAAGUUUUUUGUAAGCAACGUUAGACCAAAUGAAGACCAUAAAUGUCUAUUAAUCUUAGACAAUCAUGCUUCUCAUAGGUCUAUUGAUGUCCUUGAUUAUGCCUCUCAGAAUAAUGUCAUCAUUUUGUCGGUUCCACCCCACAAGACACACAAGCUCCAGCCGCUAGAUGUGUCCGUUUAUGGCCCUUUCGGAACUUAUUUCCAAAAUGAAAUUGACAAGUGGCAAAAAGCGCAUCCUGCACAACGCGUUACGUUGUUUGAUGUUGGCAAAAUUUUUAAUAAUGCCUACCUUAAAGCUGCAACACCAACAAACGCUAUAAAAGAACCAGAGGUCCGUAUUAACCAUAAUCCUCAAGAUAUGGAUGUUAUUGAAAUUGGACCGCCCAAUACAUCUGCCCAUAAUGAUAUCGCAAAACCUGAACCUUCUGUUCUCAAUAAUAGUACGACCUUAAAACAAGCUAGUGACGCUCCAAAAGGAAAUAAUCGCAUUAAAAUUAUUGAUAUUCAUAUUAUACCUAAAUGUGAUAAACGAAAAGAACCCAAAACAAAAAGGAAUCAACAGAAAUAAGAGAUUUUGACUUCUACACCAAUUAAAGAAGAAAUUAGAGAAAAAAGUAAGAGCAAAGAAUGUGUCAAAAGCGUUAGAAGGAAGAUCCAACAAGAGACAGAUUCCAGCAAACUGAAAAUACCUCGUCAACCUUCACCACCGAAAACCGCUCCAGAUGAAGAAGAAACUCCAUGUUUGAUAUGUGACGAUUCCUUUGAAAACUCCAUUCCAGGCAAACACUGGAUACAGUGCAAUUUCUGUGAGAAGUGGGCACAUCAGAAAUGCACAAGCUACAAGACUGGAAUUUAUAUUUGUCA